CUGGCUCCAGCUAUGGGGGGCCCAUGGCAGCCCCCCGGCACCUGCAUGCUGCCGGUCCUGCUGCUCGCACUCCCGAUGCUCCGGGUGCAGGCAACACACCCCGACUGCUCCAUCGUCCUCUAUUUCCAAGAGCAAGAAGCUGAAUGUCUGGAGAUUAUCAGGAGCGAAAGCCAAACACCAGCCCCGUCUGGACCCCCCAGGCAGCAGGGCUGCCUGACUGAGUGGGAUGGAGUGAGCUGCUGGUCAGCUGUGCCCGUGGGCCAGUCCCGAGCUGUCGCCUGCCCUGACAUCCUCCACAUCUUCAAGAAGUCCAAAGCGCUGAUCCGGAGGAACUGCACUGAGUCAGGAUGGAGCUUCCCCAGCCCUCCCUACCACAAUGCCUGUGAGCUGGAGGCCAUCGGCAGUGAUAACAACACGGAGGCCAAGAAAAGCUAUUUUGUCACCAUGAAAGUUCUUUACACCUGCGGCUACUCCACGUCCCUGGCAGCCCUCUUCCUGGCCAUUGGCAUCUUCCUCUGCUUCAGGAAGCUGCAUUGCACCAGGAACUCUAUCCACAUCCACUUCUUCACCUCCUUCAUACUGCGUGGGGCCGCCGUGUUCAUCAAGGACGCCGUCCUCUUCUCAGACGAGUCCAUUGACCACUGCACAAUGUCAACAGUGAACUGCAAAGUAGCCAUCGCCUUCUUCCAGUACUCGGUCUUGGCCAACUUCUACUGGCUGCUGGUGGAAGGCAUGUACCUGCAGACCCUGCUGCUGCUCACCUUCACCUCUGACAGGAGGUACAUCUUGUGGUACAUCCUCAUCGGCUGGGGUGUCCCCAUGCUGACAGUCUGCGUGUGGGUGGUCACCAGGCUGCAGUACGACAACCAUGGGUGCUGGGAUGACUACACCAGUCUGUACUGGUGGGUGAUCAAGGCUCCUAUCCUCCUGGCCAUAUUUGUGAACUUCCUCAUCUUCCUCAACGUCACCAGGAUGUUAGCACAGAAGAUCCGGUCCCCAGACAUUAGCAAAAACUACAAGCAGCAGUACAUGAGGCUGACGAAGUCCACGCUGCUCCUCAUCCCUCUCUUCGGGGUACACUACGUGGUGUUCGCACUCUUCCCUGAGCACAUCGGUGUGGAUGCCCGGCUGUACUUCGAGCUGGUCCUUGGCUCCUACCAGGGGUUCCUAGUGGCUCUGCUGUACUGCUUCCUGAACGGGGAGGUCCAGGCUGAGAUCAAGAGGAACUGGGGCAAGUGGCAAUCAUCCAUGGAGAGCAACGUCUUCAACCUGGCCACCCAAGACUUCACCGCAUGAUGAGGACAGCGUCUGGGGGGAAAUACCUCCUCGAGGAUGGUGGUGGUGGUGCAACUCCAUGGCUACGGUCCCAGAAACACAAUAAAAAGGAUUUUGUAGGUUCUGGGUCUGGCAUCCUCAGAGGGUGGUGCAGACGGCUGUUGGGAAAGGCUCUGCCUGUCCAGCUGUUGGUGGCUCUUGUGGCUCCCUGUGACGGUGUUUUACCUGCCCAAAGCUCUCCUUGCAGUUUGGUCCGUGUUUUAGGCAAAGGGAAGAGGGCUUCUCUGCCUUUUCUGGGUUGGAAAUGCAAAUAUCAUUUCACAAAAGACACGGGACAUUUUUCAUUUGGCACUGCAAUGAAAAUGCAAGCAGCCUCAGUGCUGAAGGGAUUUACUGCUGGCUAUUUUCCCCUUCUUCAUUGAUUUACAAAAUUGUCCCCCUUAUGGAAAGAUGCCUAAACACAGCCCCCAGGAGCCAUUCCGGGUGUGGGAGAGGCAAACACAGAGACAGACAAAACCCCACAGCUUUCUACAGGAGUCCCCUGAUGGUCUCAUGACUCAGUUCCCCCCACAGCUUCUAAAAUGUUUCCCUUUCUCCCGUGCCUGUUGCUUCAGCCGCACUCAGCGCUGGGGAAGGUGUCCCACCAUCCUUGCCAUGCCAGCAGUCCCAGGGGCUGCACACCAGAGGGACAGGACAGUUUGCAAGCAACGGGACUCCCCUGUCUUCACUGGGG